UGUAAGAAAACUAUCUUUAGAGUACUUCCUGGCUAUUUCUGACCUCCAAAAUGUCGAUGAUAGAGUGGAGACGUGUAGAUAUCAGCAUUGGUAUUAACUCUUGGGACUGGCCGGAGAUUCGUUUGAGAGCUAGUAGUUGCUUUGGUCUCUCUAGGUUUGACAUGCUUAGCUUCCUCCUUGGGAGCUGAGAAUCUAGAUGAAGCUUUAUGAGGUUUAAACACAGUGACAAUUUCCUUGGUAUUCGUCUCGAAGACCUUCUUUUCAACAAUACCUUCGUCUCCCUUAGUGUGAGCUUCAUUACUUUCCUGGUAUCUGUGCAGACGAGUGACUGUACUCUACCUUUUUAGAUUUCUCACUUUUAGUAAUGAGACCAUUAGAGGCUGCCUUUGGCUUUUCGUUCGGUAUUUCCCUCUUGUCAUUUCACCCUGGUUUGGCUACUGGAGCGAUGCAGUCCCAGUAUUCCAUUUUGUCCUUGCUCUUGUAGUUUGGCUGUUUGCGACGUCUUUUCCCCUUUUUCACAGAGAUACAAUAUGAGUGCCAUGCGUUGUAAUUGCUAGGUUGAUUGGAAAAGUAUUAAAGUUAUU